AUGAGUGCCCUAAAACCACAUACCUCUAUUUUCCGUUUCCUCUCGAUUCCACUAUGUAUUAGAGGAGUUAUCGGCCAAUAUCCCCUGCUCUCUCAAUUUCAUUACAUCAUCUUCUUGUUUCUUUCCACCAGCAACUGCGAAUAUCUCUCAUCCAGCUUUGAUGGUGUAGAGGAUGAUGAACGAGUUCAGGAAAAUCCACAAGAAGUUGAUGAACGAGGUCAGGAAAAUUCACAAGAAUAUGAAAAUUCACAAGAAUAUGAAAAUACAGAGGGUCCACAAAAACUCCGCCAAACUCAAAUCCAUCUGAAGAAGAAUCGGUCUCUCCAGUUCAAGAAUAAAAACACACCACCUGGUCGCAUUCGACGAGCACCUGCAUGGACGAAUGACUACCACGUGACAGAGGACAUGUUAAAUGAAGAUGAAGUUGGUUUUGCAAUCUCGAAUAAAGGAGGAAAAAAGAAAGAAAAGGAACCAAAAAUCGAGUUUGGAUCAUUCUUGGAUGAUGAGGAUGUGGAGGAAGAAUCAGUAGGCUCACAAAAAAGGAAUGUUGGAGGCAAACCCAGGGACCCGUUGCAUGACUUUCGCAAGAUCAACAUGCCAAUAUUUGAAGGAGAUGAUGUUUACGACUGGAUUUAUCGGAUUGAAAGGUACUUUGAGAUUCACGACAUUGGAGAAAAAGAUCGAUUUCGGGCAGUUGUAAUCUAUAUGGAGGGAGCAACACUUGCAUGGUAUCGCUGGAAUGAGCUCAAGACCCCAUGUCGUUCAUGGGAAACAUUCAAAUGCAAGCUACUGGAUCGCUUUCAAGAGUCACAAGAAGGUAGCGUGUGUGAUCAAUUCUUGAACAUUCAACAAGUAGGAACCGCGUGA